AUGAGAUCACCAUGCCAUUUGUAUCCUAUGGCUUACGCAGUUUUUUUGUGUUUGAAAGUACACCUUUCUUCUCCCUUAUCUACACACACACUUUGGAUCUGA